UUUAACACCCCCCUCAUGAAUUCUCAAGACUAAAUUCUACAUUCUGAGGGAGAGAGUAAGACUAAAGAGAGAGGGGGACUGUACUGUACAUUAACUGUCUGUAUGGUACAGACUCUAUAACACUGUCAUGGCUAGGGCUAGGGUCAGGCAUGCAGGACUCUGCCUGCUGCUUCUGCUGAUCGUGGCACUGGUUAUCAGUGCUGACGCAGAAGCAGAGAUGCGAAGAAAGAAUCUCAGGAGACAGAAGAGAGAAUGGAUCCUGCCUCCUGCCAAAAUCUACGAGAAUACAGACUACACAAAAAGAGAGUACAUUGCCAAGAUCCGCUCUGAUAAGGACAAAGAGGCGAAGGUGGAGUAUUACCUGGCAGGGAAGGGGGCUGACAAAACCCCCUUUAACCUUUUUAUUGUCAACCCCGAGAACGGCUUUGUACGCAUCACUGGCAUCCUGGACCGGGAGAAAUGCCCCAUGUACAACUUGACUGGAGUGGCCAGGUACAGAAACGGGACCUUGGCGGAAGCAAAUAUUCCUCUGCAGAUUCAUGUCAUUGAUCUGAACGAUAACUCACCUUAUUUUGAUCUCCACUCUGGGUCCAUCGCAGAGUCCAGCCAAGCAGGCACAGAAAUCAUGCAGAUCAUUGGGAAAGAUGAUGAUCAGGAGGGGAGCAUCAACUCUAAGAUCCAUUACAAGAUCCUCAGCCAGAAACCAGCAGGGUCCGGAGCCAUGUUCACCAUCGAUGAGAAUACAGGGAAACUCUUCGUCAAGGAUGCCACACUGGACAGAGAGACUCACGAUUCGUACACUAUAAUUGUCCAAGGGACAGAUAUGGGCGGGGCAGCUGGAGGCAACACGGGAACAGGAACUGUGGAAAUAAAGGUCCUGGACAUCAAUGACAACAUCCCCACACUGGAGAAGGGGCAGUAUGCAGGGAACGUUGACGAGAACAUUGCUGAUGUCAUUGUGAUGAGGAUCAAAACAGUGGACAGAGAUCUAGAACACACAGAUAACUGGCGGGCCGUCUUUCACAUCACCCAAGGCAACGAGGACGGACUCUUCUCCAUCGAGACGGACCAAGACACCAACGAAGGCAUUCUGAAGCUGAUCAAGGCAGUAGAUUUCGAGGAAGUCCAGAAAUUAGAACUUGGAAUAGUCAUUGAGAACGUAGCUCCUUUUGUUGUAGGGAGUGCUGUAGUGAUGGAUGUGGAUGUUUAUGCUGGGGGGGGGGGAGGGCCAGGAGCUGGAACUGGAGAUGGGGCUGGAGCUGGGGCAGGCGCUGGAGCAGGGGCUGGUGUUGAAGUGUUGGGGCUGGGGUUAAACCAGGAGUUGGGCCUGGGGUUAAGCCUGAUCCCAAUGGGAAGCCGAAACCAAAGCCAAAGCCAAAAGGGGGGGAAGAACUACCCGAUUUCGAUCGCAGUUAACAACAUGCCGGAAGGUCCAGCAUUUAAGCCCAGCACCAAACCUGUGCCUGUCUCUGAGGAUCCCAACAAAAUGCCGAAGGAUGGAGUGAUCGCCUCGUACCCUGCUGUGGACGGAGAUACAGGGGAGCCUGCUGAGGACGUCAGGUAUGCCAAAGCCUAUGACCCAGACAACUGGGUGACCAUCGAUGACAAGACAGCUGAGAUAAGACUUAUCAAGACGCCAGAUCGAGAGUCUAAGUUCUUGGUGAAUGGGACAUACUUUGCUAAGAUACUCGUCAUUACCCAAGAUAUGCCCUCUAAGACAGCCACGGGCACCAUAGCCAUCCAGGUCCAAGACUCCAACGACCACUGCCCCAUGCUGACUACUACCUAUGAGAGCGUGUGCUCGGGCAAACAUACGGUCAACGCCACCGCGUUCGACGAGGAUGUCUCGCCCAAUGGAGCUCCGUUCACCUUCACCGUGGUGGCUGAGGGAACACGUGGCAAAUGGGAAAUAGAACACAUCAAUGGCACGACGGCUGUCUUGCGAUCUACUGAGGCAUUAUGGCCGGGUGAGUAUGAGGUGAGGUUGGCGGUAGCAGACGAGCAGGGCCUGUCCUGCCCAGAGCCACAGGUGUUCAAGGUGGAGGUAUGUACCUGUUUGGAGGGGGAAGACUGUGGCUCCAGGACUAUCCGUUUACGCCAAAAGACCACCGACGCCAUAAUUGGUACCCCUGCCAUCGGACUGCUCAUCUUAGCCAGCUGUGUUCUGCUACUGGUACCUCUGAUGCUGCUGUUCUGUCAGUGUAGAGGAGCCUUCGCUGACCAGUUCACUGACCUGCCGUUCGAUGCCAAGGAAUACCUCAUAUCCUACCACACUGAGGGAAAGGGAGAGGAUAAGGAGGUGCCCCUACUCAGUAUUCCUACAACCGUAACUGAUGGAAGGGCUGCACUAGGAACAGGAUCAAUUCGGCCAGCAAACAUCGCCACAAAAUCCUCACGUAAUACUACAAACAAUAUACGUCAGAGCAGUGGGGUCUCCAGUGAGGACAUGCAUACACUGCGUCGGGAGCAGAGCCACAUGGGUAUGGAGAUGGACGACACCUAUGGACUCCAGAAUGGUGGAGGCUUUGAGGCUAGUAUGGGGCUGGGAAGCAGCACCAUGCAUUCCAGAUACGCCACACACACCUCACAUGUCAAACAAGACAUCUAUGAGGACAUGGCACUCCCAUGUACUUUCCUGGAUGGCUACUACUCACAGAAAGUGACAUGUGCAUCUCAGAACCCUCCACUGAAAGACAGUAAGUUGGUGUAUGACUACGAGGGCCAGGGCUCUCCUGUCGGCUCGGUGGGAUGCUGCAGCCUCCUGGAAUCUGACAACGACCUCCAGUUCCUCAAUGACCUGGGGCCAAAGUUCAAGACCCUGGCUGACAUCUGCUCUCCUCCAAAACCUCAACCCAAACCUCAACCCAAACCCAGAAUGGUGGAGCGCAUCUUCGAGCCAAAACACCCCGAAAUCAAAAGAGAGAGCAUCGUCACCGCCAGCAAUGUCAACAUCAUCAAAUCUUCCAUUAGAAAUGUCAAUAUCAACCAAUCGUCCACCAGCACCAGCAGAGUCAAUAUCUCCCAAACACCUCCCACCAGUCCCCCUGCCACUGGGGUUAGUAACUUCUCUAACAGUCAGUCCGCCACUUUCCCACCGCCCCCUACGCAGACGAUUCUGCUGCAGCAACAGCCUAUGUACUACACCACCAUGCAGCCCAUGGUGCAGCCCCUGAUGCAACCCAUACAGUAUGUACUGGCUGAUGGCGGCUCUACCACCAACCAGCGUAUGGUAGUGCUCAACGGGCCCCCUGUGUCUGGAAGCAUGGGAAGUCUGGGAGGCCUUGUCAUCCAAGGCAACAGGGUCAUAUCAGAGACCUCCACUAGCCCCAUCAGUCCCAGUACCCCAGGAAGCCCCACCAUGCUGGGGCUGGGUAGUCCCAGAAGCCCUGGGUGGAUCCAAGGCUCCCUACCCAGGGGUGGCCUGGGUGGUCUGUCUGUAGUGGGGCACAGCCCUGAUGGUAACUAUGUUUACAUGGAAAGGCGGGUUAAUGUAAGUGGAGAGCCACAGGUGGGGUCUGGGGUCCCAGGUGUACCUUCUCAGGGCAGUUUGCCCAGGGGUGCAUUCCUGUUGAAGGAGGCUGCUCCCCCUCAGGGGGUUUUAGGCCUGGCAGCCCAGGGUGUGGGUGGGGGUGGUGGAGGUGUGUAUGGCGUUAUGCCAGGACACACCUUUACAAGAGUGAGGCAGGUUGGGGUUGGGCCUAUUGGGGUUGGGACGGCUGGAAUGGGGCCAGGGGGGAUAGGGCAGAUAGUUAUAGGAUCGCAGGGACUCCCAAUGUGGGUGCCACUGAGCCCCCCAGGGGGUAGCCGUGGACAGAUGGAGGGGGCAGCGCCAACAGGUGAUUCUCAACCAACUCCGGUUACUGUUGAAAUACCAGAGUCCAGAGUGGCAGAGAUUGAGAGGAAACUGGUGUUUGAGGGCCAUAGUGAACCAGGUGCGCAAAUAGAGGAGGAGGAAGAGGAGGAAGAGGAAGGGGAGGAAGAGGAGGAGGAAGAAGAGGAAACGCAGGAGGAAGAGAUUGAGGAGGAAGAAGAGGAGCCUUUAGAACAGACAAAAGAAACAGCUGUGACUGAGGAAGAACCCGUAACUUUAGCUUUGGCCUCAGAGCCAUCAACAGAACAGGUUGAGCCAUCUGAGUCACUGGAACACAAACUAACAUACCAAUCCAUUGAGUCAAGCCAUCCAACAGAUGAAGAUGCAUCAACUCAAUUAAAUGAAGUCUCUGGAGCUCUCAAUGAAGAAGGCCUAGUUGACUCUGAGGACCAGCUGUCCGAUGAGGAUGUGUCCAUGGUAGUCGAGGCCUCCUCAGAAGAAGCAUCCAUGUCCGAAUCAGACAUUAUAGAUUUAGUUGGUACAGAUCAGCCAACUGAGGAUGAAGACUCUAUAGAUCUAGUUGGUACAGAUCAGUCAGCCGAGGAAGAAGACAUUAUAGAUCUAGUUGGUACAGAUCAGCCAGUCAAGGAAGAAGACAUUAUAGAUCUAGUUGGUACAGAUCAGCCAGUAGAUGAAGAAAACAAUAUAGAUCUCAUUGGUACAGAUCAGCCAGCCAAGGAAGAAGACACUAUAGAUCAAGUUGGUACAGAUCAGACAGUAGAGGAAGAAGACAUUAUAGAUCUAGUUGGUACAGAUCAGCGAACCGAGGAAGAAUCAACAGAACUGACUCUGGAAGAGGAAGUGGUUUCAGAAUCGCAGGAAUUUCAGCUAACGGUGGAUCCCGUCACUAACGGUCAACUAGAGAAGGGUAUUACUGAGACAGAAGAGAUGACGGUAUCAGAAGCACAGCAAGAUCCAGUCACAGUUGAUGACAUCACUGAUAGCCAAGAGGAGGGUACAGCUGAGGAGGAAAUUAUGUCACAGCUUCAGUUAAAUGAGCUCACAGUAGAUAGCCUAACAAAUAACCAGGAAGAGGAUGGGAAGGCACAUGAAGAAGUUUUCUUAAAAUCAGAAUUGCUCAUAGCGGCUUACAGUGCACUUGAUGGCCAAGAAGAAGAGGGUAGUCCUGAGGAGGAAUUGAUGUCAGAGUUGCAGCAGAAUCAUCCAAUAUCACAUAGCGACACUGAUGUCCAGGAGGAGGGAAGUCAGGGAGAUGAGGCAGCGCUGAGUGCUCAGAUAGGAGAGGUGAAGGGAGAGAUGGAGGAAGAAGUGGAGGAAGAGAUGGAGGGAGAAGAGGAGGAAAAGGUGGAGAUGGAGGAAGAGCUAGAGGGAGAGCUGGAGUCUUCCCAGGUGACAGAGGAGGAGGUGGAGGGAGAGGUGGAGGGAGAGGUGGAGUCUUCCCAGGUGACAGAGGAGGUGGAGUUGGAGAAAGAGAUGGAGGGAGGGAGUGAAGCAUUUGAUGAGUCAGCACCAGAACAGGAGUACACAGAGGUAGAUCAGGACAUAGAGACAUCAGAAGAGACUGAAACACUAGACUCAGAGAACAUAGAGGACAUACCAAGCCAGUAUACUACAGGCCUGAUGCCAACGUCAGGUGAUGGAAUGAUAGACGAGGGCACUGUUGUUAGGGAGAGCCAAGUUUCUGUUGAUCAAAAUGUAUCUGGAGGCGCAGACUUAGUGACUGUGGAGGGUGAGGUGGAGUCUGUUGAACUAGUAGCAGAAGAAGCAGUUUGUUCAGCCCUAAAGGCUACAGGUGAUGUAGAGGAAUCUGAAGAGGAUGAUGAGGUGGGAGAGAGUCUGGUCACCUCUCACCAAAUCGCUGAAGUCAAAACACUAAGAGAAGAAGUAGACGAUAGUGAGAAUGUUGUAGGAGAGGAGAUGGAGUCUGCUGUUGAGACAGUUGAGGAAGUAGAGGCUAGUGCUGACCAACAGACAGAGUCCACAGUAGCUACAGAAGAGAUUGAGUCCCCUAGCGAAGAAUUGGCCGAGGACCUAGAGGUGACCUCUUCAACACCAGAGGCUACAGGUGAGGUUCCUGUUGAGGCAGGUGAGGCUAUAAAUGCAGUGGCAGGUGCAGCAGUGGAUGAUACAGUAGUGGAGGCUGCAGGGGCGGCUGGUGGGUCAGAACAGGCCCCAAAGACAUUGGCUUCAUCUUUCCGUAGCAAAUUCAGGAUGGGCUCCAAGAAAGAAUCUACUCCCAAGAGUCCAAAGAGUCCCACAGCAAAGUGCAAACAACAGUGA